GGCGGCAUUCUGGCGCGGAGCAGAGAGGCGGCGGGCGCAGCCAGCGGGUCGGGCACGGAGCGGGGGUGCAGUCGGUUUCCCCCCGACACCCCUCCCCCUCAGGCGUGAGCCCCACCCCUCCGCCGGCCAGGCCCACCCGACCGAACUAUCCCCUGCGGCGCGAGCCCGGGGUGGCUCCGGGCGCCCCCCAGCAGAACCCCCACCAUGGGCAGCCAGAGCUCCAAGGCUCCCCGGGGCGACGUGACCACCGAGGAGGCAGCAGGCGCUUCCCCCGCUAAGGUUAACGGACAGGGAGGAGCCGCGGCGUGGGGAGAGCCUGAGGAGAACGGCCACGUGAAAAGCAAUGGAGACUUAUCCCCCAAAGGUGAAGGGGAGUCGCCCCCCGUGAACGAAACAGAGGAGGCAGCCGGGGCCACUGGCGAUGCCAUCGAGCCAGCACCCCCUGGCCAGGGGGCUGAGGCCAAGGGGGGCCCCCCCAAGGAGACCCCCAAGAAGAAGAAGAAAUUCUCUUUCAAGAAGCCUUUCAAAUUGAGUGGCCUGUCCUUCAAGAGAAAUCGGAAGGAGGGUGGGGGCGAUUCGUCUGCCUCCUCGCCCACAGAGGAAGAGCAAGAGCAGGGGGAGAUCGGUGCCUGCAGCGAGGAAGGCACUGCCCAGGAAGGGAAGGCUGUUGCCACCCCUGAGAGCCAGGAGCCCCAGGCCAAAGGGGCAGAGGCUGGUGCUGCCUCCAAGGGCGGAGACACAGAAGAAGAGGCAGGGCCCCAGGCCACAGAGCCAUCCACUCCCUUGGGGCCGGAGAGUGGCCCUACACCAGCCAGCGAGCAGAAUGAGUAGCUGGGUGGGGGCAGGUGGGUGACCUCUAAGCUGCAAAAACUGUGCUGUCCUUGUGAGGUCACUGCCUGGACCUGGUGCCCUGGCUGCCUUCCUGUGCCCAGAAAGGAAGGGGCUGUUGCCCCCUAGCCACGUUCCCUCUCCUCUCCCUCCUGUGGAUUCUCCCAUCAUCCAUCUGGUCUUCCUCCUAAGGCCAGCUGAAGGUGGUCCCUUGCAGUCUCCCCAGUUAGGUUAGUGAUGUGAAAUGCUCCUGCCCCUGGCCCUCCCUCCUUCCCUGUCCCCACCCAUGCAGAAGGCAGUUGCUGGUUUUCUCCCCCAAUUCUUUUCCAAGUAGGUUUUGUUUAUUCCCCAAAUCCCUGAGCCAGAUCUGGGGGUGCCUACACUCCCAAAUCCUGAGUGUCCAGCCUUCCCCUGUUGAGUUUCUAGUCUCUCGUGCUGUGCCUAGUGGCACCUGGGCUGGGGAGGACAGAGCCCCUGUCUAGGUUUUUAUAAAUGUCUUACUCAAGUUCGAACCUCCAGCUUGUGAAUCAACUGUCUCUUUUUUGACUUGGUAAGCAAGUAUUAAGCUUUGGGGUGGGGGGAGGUCUGUAAUGUGAAACAACUUCUUGUUGUCUUUUUUUUUUCCCCCUCCCAUUGUUGUAAAUAACUUUUAAUGGCCAAACCCCAGAUUUGUACUUUUUUUUUUUUCUUUUCUAACUGCUAAAACCAUUCUCUUCCACCUGGUUUUAUUGUAACAUUUGGAAAAGGAAUAAAUGUCGUCCCUUUA